CUCGUCCAGUUUCGCACAAUAAUAAAAAAUAAGUGAAACUUCACUUUGCAGCAGCAGUCAAGUUGUUGGAAUUCUUCGUGUUAUCAAUUUAAGCUUUGCUAUCGUAAUCAUUGGUGUUAAAUCUGUGCACCGUUCUGGUUUAGUUCGAUCUGCGGAAAACAUCUAACUGGAAGGGGUUUUUCCCUGAAAGUGGUUGAGCGCGGAAUAUCUGCGGACUUCGUGAAGCUACUCCGCCGAGAAGUAGCUCCUCCGACGGUCUGUAACAAUGAUUCGCGUUUAGGGAUCGAGUGCUGGAAUUCGACCUUUAGACCUCUCCCUUCUGCAAGAAGUGGAAACUAUCUCUUUGACGACGGCUCGAACUGGAAGGGGUCCAUUAGUUGUAGUGCGAUACCUUCCAAGACAGAAUGUCCUUCAAGGAUUUGAUCGAACCAGAAUGUGGCGGAGCGAAUCCGCUGAUGAACCUGGGUCGCCAGGUGACUCGGGACGUCGCAUUUCAAGACGAAGGAUUUUCUGGAUCCCGUGCGGCCUUCAUCGGCUCGGACAACGAUCUCGUGAAGGAAUUUAUGGGUCAGAUAGCUCCUGCCCCGCAAUCGUUUCGUAUGGAUGUCCUGCUGAAAGAGAUGCGGGAUAUUGAUGCGCAAAAUUUCCAUCAGCAACAGAUUGUACCUGGACCGCCGGUCAUUGAGGAAGUUAAUCGUUCGGAUUUGGAUUGGGCUAAAGAGUUUGCGGUCGAUUCUACGGAAGAGGCGUUAGUUCACCACGGCCAUCGUGCCGAAAGCAAACUCACUAGCAUUUGGUCCAGUUCGCACUUGACUCCAAUUGAGGGAACCAUCAGCGAUGGGCCUAGCAAUAUACUUUAUGCGAAGGAUUUUUUCGACCUUAACGAACCGAAGAGCGAGGAGGAGCAGUUAUCGAUACGUAAGGCCGCGGGUGAAUUGGUGGAAGUAGCCUACGGACACGACCCGGAAAAGAUGAAAUACAGCGAAUUUCUUAACUUUGUUGGUAACGUAGGCGAUGGUACGGUCAAGAUCGAUGAUGGAAUGGUAACCGGAAAUGUGUGGGCCAAUCAAUUCGACCAGUUGGCGGCAGGUCCAUCAAAGUCGGCCACCAAGGAGGAAACAGGGAUUGCAGAGGAUUGGGCCAAAGCAUUCGAGGAAGGCAAAAAGGGAGAUCAGGAGGCGACUGAUAACUACAAUAAGCAGUUUUGGGAACGCUUGCAGGACGAGUGGCGUUCGCUGUCGGAAAACGAUAACCAACAUCCGUGGUUAUCAGAAUUUUCAGAGUUUUAUGAUCCAUACAAGGAGUAUAAAUUUGAUGAAGAAAAUCCAAUGACCAACGUCGAGAACGCGUUCGAAAAGGGUAAAGCGUUUUUAGCACAAGGCGAUAUCCCCAGUGCUGUUCUGUGCUUUGAAGCAGCUGUUAAGCAGGAUCCGGAAAAUUCCGAAAUUUGGGAACUUCUUGGUUUUAGCCAGGCAGAGAAUGAAAAGGAUCCCAAUGCAAUCGCUGCUUUGAACAAAGCUUUGUCUUUCAACCCGAAUAACAUGCCGGUGUUGAUGGCUUUGGCAGUUUCUUACACAAAUGAAAGUAUGCAGAAUCAAGCAUUGAAGAUGUUGGUUAAAUGGAUGAAAUGCAAUCCGAAGUACGAAAGUUUGGUACCGCCGGUGAUGAUGGUAUCCGAUGAAUCACCGUUGGCCAGCUCGCUGAUGGGAGGACCAAGUUUGCAAGAGGUUCAAGAUUUGUAUAUCAAGGCCGUUCAACAGUCACCGAGCGAGAUCGAUGCGGAUAUACAGGAAGCAUUGGGAGUACUUUUUAAUCUGAGCUCCGAGUAUGAUAAAGCUGUCGAUUGCUUUCGUGCUGCGGUCCAGGUGCGCCCAAAUAGUUCCAAAACAUGGAAUCGCUUGGGUGCAAGUUUGGCCAAUGGCAAUCGCUCCGUUGAGGCAGUGGAAGCAUACCAACGGGCGUUGGAUAUUCAACCAGGUUUUAUAAGAGCGCGCUAUAAUGUUGGCAUCAUAUGUAUAAAUUUGAAAGCUUACAAAGAAGCAGCCGAACACUUGCUUACGGCGUUGAAUCACCAGGCGUCAUCGAUUGCUCGCGCCGGAAUUAAUGUUUCAUCUCCGGCGAAUCAGAUGUCUAGUACCAUCUGGACAACAUUGCGUAUGGUUAUGUCGCUGAUGGGGCGACAGGAUCUACAACAAGCGAUUGAUAAUCGCGAUCUGGAAGUCCUUAAUCGGGAAUUUCCUAUGAGUAAUGAUUAGAAGUCAUUUGAGUUUUCAGAACUGGACGAAAAGGGAGACGAGUUUUAUUUUUUCUACGCAAAUAACCUAAGGUGGGACCUUGUAAAACAGCAGAAAAUAAAUGAGAUAUAAAAAAGGAGAAUAAAAUUGAUGAAUAAAUAAAACACUAAUAAUAAUCAGUUAAAUACAAGAACACAAAACCUAUGAAGCAGAUGCAGAAAUGAAAAAUUUAGAUAACAAGAGGAAGCGAAUGUUUAACGUGCGCAGAUUUAUAUUCGGUCGGAUAAGUUCUUGAUGAGCAAUAUCAAAAACGAAACUAUGUUGUAAAGAAGAUGAUUGAGGGAAGGAGCAAGAUAUUUUUUAAUUUGUUUCAUUCUGUAACAUGUCGGGUUUGAUAAGGGUUAAUAAAACAGGAGUACAAGCAACAAA